CGGCGAGUGCGGUGACGUCAUUUUCCCGCCCUCAGUUCGGAUGAGCUUGUUGGCGGGAAUCUCGGAGCAGGAAGUGAAACAGCAGCGGGGCAGUUGUUGUUGUUGUUCGUAUCGACUCGUUUCUGUGAGUUUUAAUAGCAUUUAAAGAACCUCCGUGUGAUUUAUCGCCUCAGACGACGCUCGCAGCUGAAAGCCAUCAUGCAGUUCACAGGCAGGCGAAGAAAGCUGACCGUCCAUCCGCAGAACGAGCUGUACGGCCACUGUCUGCAGCUGUAUGGGCAGCCGCCUCUGGAGAACAUCUCCCUCAGCGAGUUUGAAACCUUCGCAGUGGAGAGGCUGAAACUGUUGAAGACCGUGGAGAACCUUGGUGUCAGCUUUGUGAAAAUGUCAGAGCAGUAUUCUAAGAAACUGCACGCUGAAAUCUCCGGCCUCAACUUCCCAUUCCGACCAGAAGUGGACGAAUCAAGCUUGAGCAAAAGUCAAGCUGGACCAAGUGAAUAUGAGAAGCGAAGGAAAGACCACAUCUCUCAUUUUAUUCUGCGCCUGGCAUAUUGCCAAACGGAGGAUCUCAGACGGUGGUUCAUUCAGCAGGAGAUGGAUCUGUUUCGCCAUCGAUUCACUGACCUUCUCCCAAAGUACAAGACUGAAUUCCUCCAUAGAAAUAAUCUGAAAUAUGACACAAUGAGUCUGGAGGAAAAGAAGAAGUUAAGUGACCAGCUUAUAAACUCCAGUUAUGGUCUUAGUGGAGCCACUAUUGUGGAGCAGGACUUCUACAAGGUACCUUUUCAGGAUGCUCUGGAUUUAGUGAGGACAAGGAAAGUCUUCUUGCAGGGUGGCUACGCCUACAUUCCCCAUCAAGACAUUGUCACAAUCGUCCUGAAUGAUUUCCGUACGAGACUUUCCAAAGCGCUCGCACUGACCGCGAGAUCCUUACCAGCCGUGCAGUCUGAUGAACGACUCCAGCCGCUGCUGAACCACCUCAGCCAUGCCUAUGUUGGCCAGGAUUACAGCAUCCAAAAGAACAUUGGGAAGGUUUCCUUGGAACAGAUUGAUGCACUCUCAGCGAAGUCCUUCCCUCUGUGCAUGAGGCAGCUCCACAAGGCCUUGAGAGACAGCCACCACCUGCGCCACGGCGGCCGGAUGCAGUACGGCCUCUUCCUCAAGGGCAUUGGCCUCACCCUGGAACAGGCGCUUCAGUUCUGGAGGUCCGAGUUCAUCAGAGGCAAAGUGGACGCUGAUAAGUUUGACAAAGCAUAUGCCUACAGCAUCCGCCACAUGUUUGGAAAGGAAGGCAAGCGAACAGACUACACCCCCUACAGUUGUAUGAAGGUGAUUUUGUCAAAUCCACCCAGCCAAGGCGACUACCACGGGUGUCCAUUCCGCCACAGUGACCCGGAGCUACUGAAGCAGAAGCUCCAGUCUUAUAAGCUCUCCCCCAGUGGGAUCAUUCAGAUUUUGGACCUUGUCAAGGGAAUGCACUAUCAGCUGGCCUGCCAGAAGUACUUUGAAUUGACACACAAUAUUGAAGAUGCUGGCUUUUCUCUGAACCAUCCGAACCAGUACUUCAUGGAGAGUCAGAAGCUGCUUAGUGGAGGCAAGGACAUCAAAAAAGAAGUGGAGAUGCCCCAGAAAGUGCAGGAAAAUGCAGCCGCUAAUGGUGCCAGUGUGCAACCUCAACCCAACACUACACAGGCAGAGGAAGAGAUGGGAGAUUUAGACUCGUACUUCCUUGAUGAGUAAUGGUUCAAUCACACAAAAUGACCAAUUUAACGCUCAUUUUGCAUUAUUAUUUUUGCAACAUGCUGUUUUAAAUGUUGAAAUGGUUUGAGUGGUUUUGUAUUCUUAAUAAAAUAAACAGCAAUCAGUAGUAGUGCUACAAUAUUUCUAAACUGAUGAGUCACUCUGUUCACAUCAGAAAAUCUAAUAAACUUUCAAACCUGAAAACAAAUCUA